CCAAAUGUCAAACAGGAGCUUAUAAUGCUUUCUUUACCGGCAAUAGCUAGCCAGGCCAUUGAUCCUAUGGCUCAGCUGAUGGAGACAGCUUAUAUUGGCAGUUUAGGUUGAAAUCUUAUUCUUUAUUUUGAAUUUAAAAAAAACUUUGUUUUCUCUUAUUUUGUGUGUGUCAAUGAUCUCACUUUGUUUUCAUUAUGUGUGCAGGUCCUGUACAGCUGGCAUCCGCUGGUGUUUCUAUGUCUAUCUUUAAUAUCAUUUCAAAGCUAUUCAACAUACCACUUCUUAGUGUUGCUACUUCUUUCGUAGCUGAAGAUUUAGCAAAGUCUUCUUCAGAUGGCGAUGAAAAAAAAUGAAAGAAAACAGUUAUCAUCAGUUUCGACAGCGUUAUUUCUCGCUCUAGGCAUUGGCAUCAUUGAGGCGCUAGCUUUACUUUUGGGAGCUGGAUCAUUCCUCAGGUUAAUGGGUGUCUCAGCAGAUUCUCCUAUGCGAGUACAAGCAGAGAAGUUUCUGUCGCUUAGAGCUCUUGGUGCCCCCGCUGCUUGUUUGUGCUCCAGAUACAUAGGUAGCUUCUUGAUGAUUUGGUUUCUUAGCAAGAGAGUAAUAUUAUUACCUCCAAAAUUUGGAGAUCUGAAGUUUGGGGUCUAUUUAAAAUCUGGUGGAUUUCUGAUUGGAAGAACUGUGGCUGUUUUGAUAACUAUGACGAUUGGGACCUCGAUGGCUGCUCGUCAAGGUCCUCUAGCUAUGGCUGCUCAUCAAAUCUGUAUGCAAGUGUGGUUGGCUGUCUCUCUUUUAACUGAUGGAUUGGCCGCAUCUGGUCAGGUCUACACUCCGAGGAUUGCGCCUUAUGCGAGGAAUUUGAUGUGGUUCGUGAGCAAUGGGCUAAGUUUUUUACCAACAAGUAUUUAUUAUUGGCUUUAGCGCGCUUGAUCGAGUUGGUUUAGUUGUUAUAGAAUAAAUUUUAUAUUAAAAUGUAUGUUUAUGUUGAAAUUGGAACAUAUAUUUAAAUGUAAUAUGUGCACUUUGGUUUUGGGAUAUAUAGUAUACAAAACUCCAGUUGUUGUUUUUAUAUUUGUUAUACAGGUUGCGUUAUUCUAUUAUUGUUUUGACAGGUUUCUAUAUUUGGUGCAAGGCACUCUAGGUAUCCCUAAACAAAAUUAGAAUUUUCCCGCCAAAAGUGCUUUUUUGCAGCGUACAUAUAUGUUGUACGCUGCAACAAGGGAAAAAAAUUUGGCAAAAAUUCAGACUUGUUGCAGCGUACAAAUAAAUGUACGCUGCAAAAAAUUGAGUAAUUCAGACUUGUUGCAGCGUACAAAUAAAUGUACGCUGCAAAAAGUUGAGUCUUUUGCAGCGUACA